AUGUCUUUCCUUGAGCGCAAAACAACGCGCAUUACCGGAAACACGCCUCAAAAUGACCGUCGUAACUCCACCAUAGGUGGGGGGUCGUCAGGCCAGGUUCCUAAUGCAAAGAAGCCUCGCUCACGACCCCCGAAAUCGCUACGUGACCGUCUUCCCUUUCCACAAAGUACACUGCCUCCUUCGUCUGGACCCUACUCGAUUGCGAACAUGGAAAUCGAGGUGCCUGUCGAGAAUCCACGAACCAUAUCUGACAUAAAACGAGACGGGCGGCAUCUGCUGCAAUUGGAGACGGUGCUUUUCACACUCUACUAUCCUGCAGCUUUUGGCACUGGCGAAGGGCAGGACCCAGCAGGGCACAAAGACUGGAGUCGCGAGACUUGGCUCCCUCGACCGCGCAUACAAACAGCAAGAGGAUAUGCGCACUUUGCCGGCGUUCCGGACUGGACGUUGAUCAGUUUCUUGGGUGCAACUUCCAUGCUCACUAAGCUCAGAGGCUUCCGUAACAGCCCGCCAGCUACACACUGGCCGCCCGAGGGCAAUUCCAAGAACAAUGGGUACAAAAUCAAGAACCAACAAGGGCCGCCUCCAAACGGUCAUGACGGGGAGCCGGUAUUCCCCCUGCUGAUGUUCAGCCAUGGUCUUGGAGGCACAAGGACAGCAUACUCCAGUCUGUGCUCCGAGUUUGCUAGUUACGGCUUCGUUGUCUGUGCGGUUGAACAUCGUGACGGGUCAGGUCCAAGGACAUUUGUCAACCACAGAAAGCAGAAGACCAGAAGUAAAGACCAUAAAGGAGGGGCAAAACCAAACAAAGCGGACUGUGGAGGAGACAAAGAAUGCGAGCAGGAGUGGAAAAGAUGGAAAAACGUGGACCAUACCGACGAAGAAAUAAGGAAGGGAAAUCACCACAUCGAUUACAUCUUUCCUAAAGGCAACCGAAAGGACACAGCACCCAACAAUGAGCGUGGCGUCGACCAAGAAUUGCGGAACGCUCAGAUUGAACUACGAUUGUGUGAGCUGGAAGAAGCCUACAAUGUCUUGAAGAAGAUAUGUGCUGGAGAUGGCGAGGAGGUUGCCCGCCAGAAUUUACGUAGCGAAGGCUUCGUCGGUGGGUCCUCAAGAGGCCUUCAAGGCGUUCAAUGGGGGCAAUGGAAAAACAGAUUUCACGUCGACAAGAUGACCAUGGCCGGGCACAGCUUCGGCGCCGCCACUGUGGUUGAAGUUCUGAGACACACAGAUCGCUUCAAGAAUGUACAGGCUGGCAUCAUCUACGAUAUCUGGGGUGCGCCUAUUAAACCACCUGCGGAAUCUCCUAAGCAUCGCAUCCACCUGCCGCUGCUGGGUAUCAAUAGCGAGGCAUUCAUGUAUUGGCAGCAAAAUUUUGAUGCUGUCAUAUCGUUAAUGAAGGAAGCUAAGGAUAGCGGAGCGCCAGCAUAUCUUCUCACAGUCCGAGGAUCGGUACACAUCAGCCAGUCGGACUUCUCGCUGUUAUACAAGGGCGUCACCAAUCUCCUCAUGAAGGCUACGGUACACCCACAGAGAGCAAUCGACCUCAAUGUAAGCGCUUCACUCGAAUUUCUUCGUCUCGUAGCUCCGGAUGCUGGCUCUGGCAAAACUUUGAUCAAUCGUUGCAUGACCUAUGAAGGCUUGUUGGAAACCGAGCUGCUCGAGGAGGUACCCGACGAGCACCGUCCAGCCGAUCAGUGGAUAGCAGCUAGACUAAAGGUCCCCCACGAAUUUCGUACACGGCUUACUGCUGGAGUGCAAAGGAGAUUCAAGCGAAACGAGAAGGGAGAAACAGUCCAUAGGACAGGGGAUGAAAUUUGGAUGCAUUUCAAGCCCACGGCGGGAGAGCUUGAGCGAUGGAUUCAAGAAGAUAACCGGGGUGAGGAGAGGAUUGAUUCUGACCACGCCACGAAAACGGGCCCAUGGACAGAUAAUCCCGCCACACAUGAGCCUCAUGGCGACAAAGACGACUCGAAAAACAACGGACAUGGCGAUCCAUCGUGUGCAGAUGCUUCGUCGAAGCGAUCGUUAUCGAAAGACAUUGGCAAUAGAGCGAACGAUGGAGUAGAGUCUAGCAGUCAUACAGGACUAAGCAAGGAUGAGAACAAUUCUACGCUCAAGAAUGAUAGAGAAGAACAAGGACGAGCCUACGUUGCGGGCGAUAGAUCACAGUAA